GUUGACGUUUUGAAACAAGUGAGUUUGGUUAGAAAAGAAAGAUACUUACUGGCAUUCACAUAAUAAAUAGGCGUCGUCACAUAGAAAGAGUUCCUAGCACUGCAUUUAUUCAACAGAGAACCGGGUAAGCGCAUUUUGAAACUGAAGAACUGGUUGGUUAAAACUGUCAAAGAGAGAUUGAACGUAACCUCAAUUGUACGAAGGUAAACAAAAUGUUUGAUCAGAAUGACGAGAAGAAGCUGGACUGGAUGUACAAAGGAGCCAAUUCCAUGGUGGACAGGGAAGAGUACCUACUGGGUCGGAACGUAGAUAAAUCUUUGGAACAAUUGAAUGCUGAGGAGAAGCAGAAGCAACUUGGUAUAGUACCACCAAAGAAUCAUGUCGAGCAUGAGUGCAUCCCACCUUCAAUUCGGGACUAUAAGCUGCAGCAGGCGCUUGCAGAGCAGGUUGAUCUCCAAGCAAAAUUACAAGAAGACCCUUUGCUUUCCAUACAGAAAAAGGAGGAAGAAACUCGCAGAAACUUCCUGCAGAAUCCUGUGCAACUCAAAAAACUACAGAAGGCUCUGAGCAAGCAGCAGAAGAAGUCGAAAAAAGGUAAACGUGAAUUGGAGGAGAAACUGGAGUAUCUGCAAGAUAAUCCACUUGGGAUGGACAGGCAAAAUAAGAAGAGUAAGAGGGACAAGGAUUUAGAUAUAAUUCUCAUGCAUAAAUUUAAUGCUAUGAAAAGUAAAUUGAGCGAGAAAGAUUUGACUGACAUUAUGCAAGGGAACUUCACUGAUACAGACUCUGAUAGUGCAGUUGAGGAAGAGUAUGUGGAAUCUGAAGAUGAGUACACUAAGUUUAAGAACAGAAAGAGGAAUCAAGGUAGGGAUGCGGUAGAGAAGCCUAAAAAGAAGAAGCCUAAGAAGAAGAAAUACGAGAGUAGUGAUGACAGUUCCGAUGAGGAAGAGGUGAAGAAGAAGGCUGUGAAAAAGAAGAAAAGGAAGAAGCGCGAGAGUAGUAGCGAAGAUUCGGAUUCGAGUGAUUCGGAAGACAAACCUAAGAAGAAGAAACGAAAGUCGAGCAAGAAUAAGAAACGUUCAAAGAGUAAGGACGCGAAGAAAAAGUCUAAAAAGAGUAGAAAGAAAAAGGAGAGUAGCAGCGAAGAGAGCAGUAGUGAAAACUCCAGCGACUCCAGUAGUAGCAGUAGUGAAGAAGAGAAGAAAAGCAAACAUUCCAAGAAACGGAGUGAGAAAGGUAAAAAGAACACAGAUAAUCAAAAUAAAAAAGAGGAUAAGCGUAAGCAAAGAUCUUUGAGUGCUGAAAAGGAAAAAGUUGAGAGAAGGAAUAGAAGCAGAAGUAGAGAUGAGUUGAAAGGACGAGAUAAUUCCAGGAAUCAAAAAAGGUUCCGAAAUAACGAUAGUCCAGAAAGGCGAAAGCCAUUUAGAGAUGAUAAAGGAGGCUACAGAAAUAAUCAACAGAUGCAUGAAGAUGCUUAUAAAUCGGAUAGGAGAAAUAGGAGUCGCGAUAGAAGGAAUUACGACAACGAUAAUAGAGGUAGGUCAAACAGAAACGAAAGAGGGCAAUGGAAUAGGAGUUACGAUAGAAAAAGAGAUCAUGAAGACUACAGAAAGAAAAGCUAUGAGAGAAAAUACGAUGAAUCUGUAAGGAGAGAAAGACGUCGAUCUAGGAGCGAUCAAAGAAAGUCAAGAAGCCUAUCAAAAAGUAGAAACAUUGAAAAUCCUGGAGGAAAUCAGAGGAGCGGAAGCAUGGAGAAGCUGGAUAAGUAUAGGGAGUGCAGAAACCGCAGUAACAGCGUUGAACGUUGCACUCCAACGAAAGAUGUUAAAAAGAUUGUGGGCCCUGAACGACCUCCCGAUUACUACCCUCCAUCUAAUUCGGACGAGGAGGAAACUCCGAAAGUUAAGAAUUGGGGUUUGGUGAAAUGCGAUGGUACCAAGAUUCCCUUAGGUACGAGCAGUCACAAAUCGGUGGUUGCCAAAAAGGAGGAAGCGGUAGAAGUGCAGAAAGAGGUACCUGUCAAGAAGAAGAAAUUGAGUGAGGAAGAGAAAGAGAAGUUGAGGCGCGAAAUGAUGGAGAAUGCGGCAUGGAGAGAUGAAGAGCGCGAGAAGAAAGUCAAAGCUUAUAGAGAGAAAGAUGCGAAGGACGAAGUGAAGGAAUUUGAUCCAGAUUUCAUGCAUAAGGAGUUGGUGAAGAGCAGCGAUAAUAACACGACCGUUGAGGGUAGGAUUCGUGAGAAGCUGAAUACCAUUCAGCGAUCCGGAGGAGACAUGAAUUCGCACUUCCUGAAACGGUAGCAUAAGAGGAAACCACGUCCUAAGCGGAAGCGGCAUUAAUAUGUACAAAUAUAAUAUGAGAGAUUCGGAAUAAUUUAUUUUUAGUUGCUCCAGUAAAAUGUUUAAUUAUGGAGACAAAUUAAGUAUUGAAAGGAAAUUUAAUUGUAUCGUAUAUUGGAGGAAAAAUAUAUAAAC